AACUCAACCGAUUAGUAUAUGCAUGUAACUUGCUUCUGGUUAGAAUAGGAUCCAAUUUGACAAUGUUUAGGUUCCUCUUCAUUAUCUCUGAAUUAUUCAGAAAGUGUUUUGCAAAGAAAAAAAGUGUUUGUGGGUCUAGAUUCAGACUGAGAUAAAAAAAGGACAUCCAAAGAAAACUGCCUGACAAUUAUAGGAAAUAAUAAAAAUACAUCUUAGUCAAGUAUGCUGCGCUAAAUCAAUGACUGGCAUUGAGCAUCAUGACUGAUUGUUUAGGGCAAUCAGGACCCACCACAUAGAGCUAUAACUUAGGUCAAACUCCUGAAGCUCAUGCUAUCUAGAGGAAAAUAAGAUCUCAACAAACGUGAGGUUCUCCUUUAGGUAGGGGAAAAGAGGGCAAGAAGUUGUGUUGGUUUGGCAGCUGAGAAAAUUUUCUGCAGCUCUUGAGAGUUCUCUUUGUGUCUCAGUUUUCCAUUUCUGUCAAAUGAAAAAUCCCUCCUAAAGCAGUGUAUUAUUCAGUGACAAUCUGUGUCUGAUAUUCCUUGGGCCUUUUUUGUCUUUGGGGUAGAGGAAUAAACUCCUGAUUUCCUUCCCUCAGAAAAAUGGAUUCAGACAUCCCAGAAGCCUUCCAAAAAGAGCUCACUUGCCUCGUGUGCCUGAAUUACCUUCUAGACCCAGUCACCAUAGGCUGCGGACACAGCUUCUGUAGGUCCUGUCUCUAUCUUUUCUGGGAACAAGCCAAAGACCCUGCCAGUUGCCCAGUGUGCAGGCAACGAUCAGAGCAGACAAACCUCAAAACCAAUUUUCUUCUGAAGAAUCUGGUGUCCAUUGCCAGGAAAGCAAAUCUCAGGCAAUUCCUGAAGUCUGAGGAACAUAUGUGUGGGACCCAUAAGGAGACAAAGAAGAUCUUCUGUGAAGCCAACAAGAGCUUGCUCUGUUUGGUCUGCUCUCAAAGUCAGGAACACAGGGCUCACAGGCACCGUUCCCCUGAAGAGGCUGCUGAGGAACACUGGGAGAAGCUGGCAAACCAAAUGAGAUCUAUAUGGGAAAAGAUCCAAGAAAUUGAAAGAAAUCUCAAGAAAGAUGGCAGAGGAACUGACCCUUGGAUGUUUUACGUGUAUCGAUAUGGAGACAUGAUUAGGAAAACUUAUCAGAUGGUAACUCCAUUUCUUCAGGAGGAAGAAAAAUACUACUUAGGGAGUAUUAUAAAAGAAAGCCAAAAGAUUUGUAAGCAAAUCAGAAAAAGACAAGAGGAAAUGAGUGGAAAGAAGACAGACCUCAAAGUAAUAUACAAAGAGCUCAAGAAAAUGUCCUAUAAACCAGAUGUGGAGCUGCUCCAGGAAUUAGGAGACAAACUGAAAUGGAGCGAGUCAGCACAGCUGCACAUGCCUCAGCCUCUGCUGCCAGAACUCCGUGCACGACCCAUCACUGGGCUGAUGGACUGGCUCAACCGCUUCCGAGUAAAAAUUGCAUUCAGUAAUGAAGUAAGAAGCCAGCACAUCAGGCUGUUUGAUGAUGUAAGAAGUUUGAAGUAUGAGCAUGACAGCCUCUAUGUGUCUUUGGAUGGCAUAACAUCGAAGUAUUUUUCUGCAUGGGGAUCCCAGGGCUUCACCUCUGGCAAACAAUACUGGGAGGUGGAUGUGGACAGCUCUUGGGACUGGGCUGUAGGCGUCUGUAAGGAUUCCUGGACAAGGAAGGAUGACGGCAUACUGAAGGAAUCCAACAGGGACAACUUUCUCCUUGUGUGUGUGAAGGAGGAUCAUCAUUACCGUCUCUGGACCACCAUCCCGACCACUCCUCUGUACAUAGAGAAACCUCAGGGCAGGGUUGGCGUGUUCCUUGAUUUUGACAGUGGGAGUAUGGGUUUUGUGGACGUUGCCAAGCGCUCCCUCCUUUGGAGGUACGAGGAUGGCCUGCUCACUUUCCCUGUCAGGCCUUUCAUUUGCACUGGCCACACGUGA